AUGCGGAAACACGCAGGGAAUAACCCCAGCGGACCCUGCGUCGGCUCCCCGGUUUGCGACUCUUCUGCACAUCCGCUCACCGUUCUCCCGGGUGCAUGUAUACUUGGUCGAAGUGGGCACCGGGAGAAGCGCCGCGGUUUUUUGCACCGGUUUAGUUUCCAGAAGAGAGUCCAGGAGCCGGGCAGACGAGCGAGGAAGGAGACAUCGAAGAAAAGGCGAAAGAGGGUGGGAUGUCUGAGAUACAGCGCCAGCCUUCGUCUCCAACAAAGACGCCCUGUUUGCGGCGACAAACGAGGCGGUCGAUGGCUGCGAGUGCACGCAUGUUCCAAGCUCUUUGCCUCCGCGUCCCCGCUGGCUGCUCCCUUCUUGAGCGUUUUCUCUGCGCUUCGUGCUGCCUCACAGUCUUCCGUUCUCUCUGUGUCUGCGUCGAGACCCCUGUCGAGGCGCAUCAAGUUUUGCGAGUGCCUUCAUCUCCCGCGAAGGCGUUUACCUGGGCCUUCUCCCCAGACAACGUCUAAUAAGAGUGCCGAAAUCGGCGGCUCGUUCUCCGCUUCCUCCCGAGCGUCCUCGACUCCGCCGACGCCUCAGAGACAUGUUCACCGUCCGCGUCGAAAGGUUCUAUCUCAGAGCCGGUUUAGCCUCUUUGUGGUCUUCCUCUUGAUCAGCGUGGUACUCGCAAUUUGCUACGCGGUCGCUGAGAGUGACCGCGCGUCCCUCAGUCUGGCGUCUCUUCCUCUCGCAGAAAGUCUCCCACACAUUUUCAGUCGCUCCCUCUUCACACGCACCCCGCGCAGCAUCCCCUCUUUCUGCAAAGUCUCCUCUUCUGUCUCCACUCACAAACUCGCCUGUCGCGUUCUCUUGAAUGCCAGGCGGCCGGCCUCCUUUCGGCUCGCGUUGAAACGCAGGGGACAGGAAUGGUCCCCUUUCGCGCGUGCGACUUCUUCCGUAUGCACCCAUGGGUCCGUUCCCUCCUCUUCUUUUCUCUUUUCUCCGUUCUCGUCCUCGCUCUUCUGCUCCCUCUCCGCCCUCUCCUCUCCACGUUCCUCCCGCCACUCUUCGUGGGCAGCCGACCCCCGCGCGGCCCUCCUCUCUGAGGCGAACCGUUAUGUACACGGAAAGGCAGGAAACGGGAGAGACGACAGCAGUUGCUCAGUUCGCGCGCCGGCAGCUCUGCUUCUUGCCUCUUCGCUCGCACUUGGAAGGCCGGGUGAGUCGUACGCGGCCGACCCCACUCGGAAGAACUCGCCUGGGAGAAGAGAGACGCUUUCUGUGUCUUCUGACCCACUGUCUGCCUCCCGAGGCACCUCGAAGGCUUCGCGGCCUCUCGCGCUUCCCCCCGCACCCUGCGCGAUGCUCUCGUCGCCUUGCCUCUCUCCCGAAGAAGUCUUCUGUGCGCCUUUUCCGACGUCUUCCAUCUGCAGCGAAGAAGGUGACGUCGACACGAGCGACGAAGGGAGCGGUUCGAAGCCAACUGAGGAGACCGGCCCGGCCCAUGUGAGAAGAGAGGAAAGAAGAGACAGUCUUCACGUCGAUGACGGAGAGGAAAGUUUCGCGGAAGGAAGCGAAGAAAGUAAAAGAAGAGACCGCGAGACCGCGGAGGAAUCCGACUCAAACGAGGCAGAGUCUGGGGAUCGCCGAGGGAAUGCGUUCGCGUCAGAUCCUGAACGAAAGUACCAAGUUGAAGAAAGAGGUGUGUUGCUCAGCAUGUCAUCUUUCUCCAGUCCUUCCGGGUCGGCUCUCGCUGCAUCUUCUUCCUUCUCUCACGCGUUUUCCUCUCUCCGUCCUCCGUAUCAGCCGUUCCCCAGCGACGCACCUUCACCUUACCGGGCCUCCUCUUCUGCCUCUUCGAAACCUGCCUGGCGAACAGCCGCGAGUGGCUUUACUCCAGGUUCUCGUUUCUCUUUCGCUUCGUCUGCUGGCUCGUCGUCGGGCCGCGAGAACGCUGCUGCUUCGGAGACGUCUUCUGCCGGCGCCAAGUUCGCGUGUGGAUCUGCAGAGCAACCCAGGACAGAGGAAGAGAACAGCCGCGACCACGGCGCCUUUCACAGACGCAGGACGCAACCAGGAGAGGGCCGCGGCUGGCCUCUCUUCUCCCUGGAGGACCCAGAUAGCGGCGAGGACAGUGAGGGAAGCGCGAGAGUGAAGCGCGAGGGAGAAGGAGAAGACGACCAAGAGAAGAAUCGAGAGAGAGGAUCCCGCCGCAAAGACGACGGGCACGACAAAGAGGAAGGAGGCUGUAACAAACAGAUCCGCGAAAGUGAACAGAAGGAAGACCAGCGGGAAGAAGUCCCCACAAGAACCGAAACCGAUUCAGAAGAGAGAAAAGUCACGCGGAAUACCUUCCAGGAAAUCGCUGCUUCAGCGGCAUGCAGCAUUCUGAUUCGAACGCUGCUCUUCCGGGGGGACGGACUGUCUCUCGCCGCUCGCUCGCAAAUCGUCCAGAGUCUUUUUCGGAUCGCGGAGACCUCUGUGGCUUCGCCUGUCUCUCUGGAAGCCCGACGUCGGCAGGAGCCGGUGGUUCUGCUUCAAAUGCUCGACGAAGACAUAUUCGCGGCUCUCCUCCCUUUUCUUCUCUCCAAUUCGGAGCAGGACUCCGUCGCCGUCGCCGCCCUCCGAUCUGCCAAGGACGCGCCUGCCUCCCUGUGGCGCCGGUGGAUGUGGAGACAGGCGCAUGAGAAGAAAGACGAGUUCUGUAAGGGGAAACUGGAGGUUCCUGUGUCGGCGGCUGCAGCCGAGGAGGCACAUGCACAAGAAAAAGAAAACGAGCGACAGGAACUGUUGGAGCAGCUGCGCAUGCAGCAGAGAGAGGCGCGAAGAAAUGCUCUACUCCUGAUUCACCUGCUCGCGAAGAAGGUGGUGCGAGCAGUCAAGACGCACAGGCGCACCCCGGCGCUGGCGGCGGCUCUCGAGCGUUUGAAGGAGAAGCGAGAAGCAGAGAGAGACGGCUCGGUGGAGAGGGAACAGCGGGUGAGGAGAGCGAAGAGAGGCGAGGGAGACUAUCAUCCCCAGUCAGGAAAAGCCGAGAGACGCGGAGUGGAGAAGGCCCUCGAGGUCGCGGACGGAGCUGCUGAAACACAGGCUUCCCCAAACCGCAAGUCUUUGGUCUUUUCUCUAGAUUCACCCUGCGACACUCUGUCGACAGCUGAAGAAGUCUUAGGCGAUGACGCCUCCAGCGUCGUUCCCUCUUCUUCGCGUUUGUCUCCCGUGCCUUCGAUGCUGCGUCUUGAGUCACACCACGCAUCAGCCUUCUCAGGUUGGAGAACGGGAGCGAGAGACGAACCGAGUGGAGGCGGCACAGAAGAAAACCGAGGCGGUCAACAAGGAGACACAGACACGGAAGAAGGAGACACAGAAGGCAGUGAGAGGGACUGUGAAGACAGGAGAGGAGAUACGGCGAAAUCUGCGCACCGAGACGAGGCCUGCAGCGGUGGUCGUAGCGGAGAGACAACAUCAAAGAGCGCUGGCGAGGAAACGGGUGCCGAGCUUCGAUGGACAGAGGAGGCACGAAUCGAUGCGGACGCACAUGCGCAAGACACAGGGGAGGGAAGCGCCUUUGCGACAGAGGGAGAGAAGGAGCGGAGGGAGGCCAGCGAAGGACAAGGCCAGGCGCGCGAGGAAUCCCAAGAGCCUUGCGAGCGCGGAGACACCCGAGGCGACACAGAAGUGAAGCGUUCCACGAAGCCAGCGAAGGCUAGCGAGGCAGUCGAAGCUGAGACACAGAACGGCGAGAAAGAUGGAUACGAAUCGCUUGAGACAGAGAGCACCUCGAACAGAACGGAUCGCGAAGACUCGACAGAGAAGCGAGCAGAGGAAACACUUGGUGGUGACGAAGAACAGCAACGGCGACGCGGUGGAUGGUGCGGCAGCGAAGGAGGCGACAAGGACAGGGAACGCAGGGAGACGCUUGGAGAAGACGGACAGUCUUCGAUUCCAGACGACGCGAGAGAGACGCGUUUCGGGGGGAACGGCGACGCCUCUCAAGGAGCAGAGAACGACCUCGUAACCGCCGUCCUCCAUCUUCUCUCUGCUUCUGAAGAAGCAGGCGACGAAGAGACAGAAAGCAGAGAGGCACGAAAGGAGUUUGCGGCGAACGACGCUUCGCCUGACCUCCCAGAGAGAGCUGCGUUCACCGCCGAUGACCUAGAAGAAGCAAACGGCGGCGCCAACUCGCUCUCUGGCUCCUCUCGCUCUUUGCAUGCAGAAGCGGCGCAGGGCGAUACAGCAGCGGGCGUAGGAGCGGCCGAGAAAGAUAGGCACGCCGCGGACUCCUUCUUUUCGCGGCUUCUGGGUCUUCCCAGGAGAGACAAACGAGACGCCAGUGAAGCAGGCAGGCAGGCGACAGGCGAGGCGAAGCUGGACAACGCAUGGACUGCCGUUAGGUCUUGUCCUGCCCAGUCUUCUACACUUCGCGCUUCUGUUGUGUCGCCUUUUUUACGGUCCUCUUCGGCUUCCACGAGAGAUGGCGCCCAGGAGCCUGAUGAGGGGGGAAGCGUGGACGACGGGCCAAGGCGGAAGGAGGCGUGCAGUUCGGAGAACGCGGAGGCCAGGGAGAAGACAGCGCGCUUGGUCUGGAUCCCCGUUCUCAUCUCAGACUCCGCUCGCGAAACAGAGAUCAUCCGAACGUCCCUCGGAGCUGCUGACCCUCGAGGGAAGCUUCUCGACUCGCUGACCGCUUGGCUGGCAGAGCGAAGUCAGAGAGACGAAACGCGAGCAAGAGACGGAGAAAGGGAGACAGAACGAGAGGGGUGGGACGAGCAGGAGGGGGACGAGGAGAGGGUGCUGGGGGAGACGGAGGUCGACAGAGAAGAAGCAGCGUGGAGUACGCGCGAGGACACAAAAGAGGCGAGACCGACUGCGUCCGAAAACGCGGAAGAAGGAAGAGGGAGAAACGAGACGACGGGCCAGGCUGCCGCUCACACUCGACUUGCGGAGGAGAGGAAGUCGAGGAGGCUUCUGGACUCUCUAGGAUCGGAAGAUAAAGGACAAGUGCCACAAGACAAAGCCGCAGCAGACUUGGCGGAGAUUAUCCACGACCGUUCCUUCUUCGUCACUGAAGGCGGCACAAUUGCCACGACACAGGAAGAGAGAAGAAAGAGUGGACGACCUGGCCAACCGCGAACUGGCGACGAUGAUAAGUGGGGACUCCUAGGCGUCUAUGUGCCAGCUGAGCUGGCGACAGAUGCCUCCACGGCGUCUCCGUCUCACCGUGCGUCUUUGUCGUCUCUUUCUUCUCCUCGCUGCUCUCCUCCACCUUUUUCGCCUUCCCCAUUUGAAAUCGUUGCUUUGUUUCGAGGUCCCGAGUUGGUUAGGUGGGUGUCGCGUUUCGUCUCGCCGUCUUGUCCGUUGUUGGCAGGCGAUCCUUCGCGGGAGCUGGAGCAGAACCGCGGCGAGAAGCUGUUGCGCCUGGAGGGCCUGCGUCUCCUUCUCGCGGGCGCGCAGUCGAGCCACGAGGAGGUCCGGAGUGGAUCUCUUGACACCCUUCUGCGCAUGCUGACUCGGCGCACCAGAGAGAUUGCUUCGACUGCUGACGAGCUUGCGAGGACUGCCGGGACUCUUUCGGCUCAAGAGACACCUGCGAAACGCAGCGGAGACGCCAGCGAGAAGGACGAACGGACGCGGGAGCGGACAGGGCGAACAGCACUCGUGGAUCUGCUGGUGAGAGCAGUGGGGGCCGCCGUGGAGAGCCGCCGCCGCAGAAGCGCCUCAGGAGCUGCUGAGGCUUCCUGGGACGCGAGGGGCGAGGCGGCAGGUCUGGAGAUGCUCUACGAGUUGUGCGUUCUGUCGCCGGACUGGCUGCAUGUUCUGCAAACUCACACGGGUCUGUACCUUCUGCUUUUCGCUCUUUCUUUGGAAUUCCAAGGCGCAGUCAAACUCCCGCGAAAGCCUUCGCCUGCUUCGCCCCUCGCCUUCGCCGUGGCUCCGCCAGUGCUCCGACAUGCGCGCGCCUCUGCUCGCCUCGCCAGGCGUCUUCGCUUCGUCUCUAUCCUUCGAGCGGCCCUGGGGUUCGACUUGGUCGCGCCACCGGCUUGCUUGUCUCCUUCACAGUCUCCAGUGUCUCCGUCGGCGCGAGCAGGGCGACGGAGAGGCCUGCGGAUUCUGUGUUUUGACGGCGGGGGGACGCGAGGUGUGCUGAGCCUGGCGCUGUUGAAGCAGAUCAUGGCUUGCGUCGGGCAGGAGGUCCAUGAGACGUUCGACAUCAUCUGCGGAACUUCGACGGGGGGCGUGAUCGCGGCGCUUCUGGGCCUGGAGAAGGCGACUGUGUCGGAGGCGGAGCGCCUGUACGACUUGCUGAUUCGCGAGAUCUUUGUGCGCGACUCUGCGGCGGUGACCGGUGCGCGCCUGGUCCUCAGACAGGCUCUGUACAACGAGAAAGGGUGGGAGGGCAUUCUGGAGAGGGCCUGGGGCCGACGCCGAAUGAUCGACUUCGCCGCGGAUCCUGCAUGCCCCAAAGUCUUCUGCGUGAGCACAGUCGCUUCUCCCAAUCCCACACAGGUGAUGGUCUGGCGAAACUACAACUUUCCUGUGAGGCUCGUGCCGAAGGCAGCGGCACAACCUCGCGGGCGAGAGACCCCACCGAACGGAGACAGCGGGGACGCGUCGGAGCCGACCGCGAAGCCAGAGGCAGGCCGCGAGAGUCAGAGAGAAGCAAGACGCCUUGGAUUCGUGGACUGGUGGCGAAAGCUCGGAACGAAGGAGUCUGGAGCGCCGCAGCCAGAGGCUGCGGGGCGGGAAGCGCGAGACCAAGACAACAGUCGAUUGUGCAGAGGUUCAGCUCAAUACUCCCCUUCUCAGUCUGUCUUUUCUCGAUUUGCCUACUUCUUUCGACCCCCUCACACGGCCAGCGGGUCUCCAAGCCGGCAAGGGCGACCUGAUUCCUUCUCUCCGUAUUCUUGUUCUUCUCCGUGUGCUCUUCCUUCGCCUUCUUCGUUUCUUCUCGUGCCGUCUCGCGGAAGUCGCCACGCAGGCUCUUCUCGGAUUUUGGUGAAGGACGCGUUGCGCGCCACCACGGCUGCGCCAGGCUUUUUCUCAGGGAUUUUUUGGGAGGGCCAAGCCUUCUCGGAUGGAGCGUUGCUGGCGAACAAUCCGACCGCAGUCGCGCUCGCUGAGGCCCGCGGCCUGUACGGCGAAGAUGUGCCGAUCGACUUGGUCGUGAGCAUCGGGACGGGGAAGUUUCCUUCUUCUUUUUCUUCCCCGUCGCGAGGCGACUCCCUUCACCACCGCGAAGAAGCCGCGACGCCGGCCGAAAGCGACAAAGGAGAUACUUUGCCGGCAGGCUGGUCGUCGCUCCUCGGACUCGGCGGCUGGGAGACGCUCCUUGCCCAACUCGCCAACUGUGCGACGAACACAGAGGCGGUUCACGACCUUCUGUCGGAUCUGCUCCCACAGUCAGUCUACUUCCGCUUCAACCCAGACAUCUCUGGAGACUGGCCAAUCGACGAGACGCGGACGCAGAGACUCGACGUCUUGAAGUGCCUCGCGGAGAGAUUCUUUCUGGACAACGCCGAGACGCAGCGACGCCUUGCGGAACUCGCGAACAGACUCCGGGAGGGUCGCGAAGACACUGAAGGAGACACAGGGCGACGUGCAGCAAGUCCAGGACAAGGCGAAGAAGAAGUGAGCAGCGACGACGAAUGGGAGGACCUGGGGGAGGCGGCAGCUGGUGGGGAGGCAGGAGAGGGGAUUGACGGCCGAGAGCAAGCGAGACAUGAGUUGCUGGCGAGCGAGAGAAGGCACAUGCAUGCGAAACGAGGAAUGUGGAACAGCUUCCUCUCGGCGAUUCUGCCUCGGAAACGCCAUUUAGUAGGAGACCAGAAAGACGAGACACACACCGAGUGGGGCGUCGGCGAAAGGGAGACAGACCGAGAUGAACGCGAGAGCGUCGAUAUGUCUGUGGAGAGAGCACAAAGGGGAAGUCACAUCGCUGAGGGUCAACAGAGCUCGAGAAAGGAACUGCAUGCAGCUUCGGACCUGUCGACCCCACACGCGUCUCCAGAGAGACACACGGCGCUGGACCCUUUGACAGCUGUCCCAGCGCCUUCGCAGGCAGUUGCUGGAGCCGAGCCAACGGAGGAGAUUGCCUCGCGAUCUCCGGUCCUGGAGUCAGCGCCAAGUUUACCGAAGUCGUUGUGGUCGUGGCUGGCUGGAAAGCGCCGCGCGAACGCGGGCGGGGCGGGCAUGGCCAUGUCGACUUCCUUGGACGACGGAGUGAAGUUUUCAUUCGCCGAGAAGGUCAUGGACGUCCUCUCAGGGCGGUCGGAACACCAAGAGCUACACAGACAGGCUUUCAUCUCGGCGAAGGGAGCGACAGAGCGCCUCCCUCAGGCUUCGACGAGGCCGGAGGCUCUGCCUGCGCAGGGGGACAUGGUGACCUUGGGGCGGGUGGCAGAAGCGGAGACGCCCGGCCGAGCGUCGGAGACAGACGAGACAGAGAAGACCGGGGAAGGAGAAGAACGCGAAGAAGAGUUUCUUGUGCCGCCGACAGGAGUUCAAAUCGUCUUGCAAACGAUUCACACGCAUCUGGAGGAAGAGGUCGCCGCCGCAGAGGAGGCCCGGAAAGAACGGCGACGCAGACACACGGCCGACCAAGAACCAGGCGAAGAGGCGAUUGUCACCAACCAAGAAUCACAUUUGCGCGAGGAACAGGCGAUGAUCCACGAGGCAGCGACGGAAAACCGAAGAGCGGCUUCCUCCCGGGGGUCGAUAAGCGACGUUUAG